UCGUACUGUUAUCAUGCCCACUCUCGGAGUUGAAAAACAGGUUGAAUUAACUCCUUUAAGUGAUGGCUAUGCAUGUAGCAUAUAUGUGGUUGUUGUGUUGCAUGCAUAUGGCUGCAGGCGAUUGUGAUAACUGAUCGAUUUCCAUGGCCAUUGUUCUAUGCAACCACCAACGACGUCGUCCAUAUCAGUAUUCGUAACAACUUGAGGGAACCAUUUCUUAUGAUAUGGAAGGUAUACAUAUGAGGAGGAAUUCAUGGCAGGAUGGGGCACAGGAGACCAAUUGCCCAAUAUUGCCAGGCCAAAAUUAUACAUUUACUUUUUCAACUCAAGAAUCAGAUUGGAAGCUUCUUCUAUUUCCCUCCGCUUCUGCUGCAGAAGGCUGGAGGAGGAUGUGGUGCUAUCCGAGUGAACAAUAGGGAAGUUAUUCCUCUUCCAUUGGACCAACCCUAUGGAGAUCUGGAUAUAUUGGUUGCCAAUUGGUAUAACGCCUUCCACUGGGUAGAUACAUAUAUGCUUAAUAGGUUAUGUUAGCUGACUCAAAUUGUCAAAAUUGGUACCAAAUUUUGACCUUUUUCUUUAUUAUUAUUAUUAUUAUUUUAUUUUUAUAAUAGGCAGACGGGAUUUAUGGGCUGAAGCCCAUUACGAAAACAUCAAAACAUGUCUAGAAUGGUAUACCUUGAGGAUGGUGUUAUGCUGCUAAAUUAAAACAAGCUCUGCUACGCCAUUAAUGGAGUGUCGUUUGUGCAUCCGGAUACUGAGCUGAAAUUAGCGGACUAUUUCCAAAUCAACAACGUUUCCACUUCUGGAAUUAUAGUUCCCGAAAUGCCUUAUGAAACUCGGAUUCCCACAUUGGGAACCUCCGUUGUUGAUGAUGCUAUAUACUGUGAUUUCGUUCAUGUGGUGCCUUUUAAUCCCCUUCCUCAUUUGCAGUCUUGGCACAUCGACGGUUACAGUUUCUUCGUCGUUUGAAUGGAACAGGGGAUUUGGAAUAAGAGCAAGAUGGCAAAAUAUAAUAUGGUGGAUGCCGUUUCAAGGUCUACAGUGCAGGUGUAUCCAUUCUCAUGGACAGCAAUAGUAAUAAAGUUGGACAAUCAAGGUAUGUGGAACCUGAGUGUAGAGAAAUGGUAUAUUGGUCAGGAGCUAUACUUGCGCGUCGAAGCCCCUAUUCCUCACAACGUCAUCAAAUGUGGAAAGGCUUAUUUUCUUCAAUAAGUUACUUAUUUAUUUGAACAUAUAUUAAUAGUCAGCGAUAGAAGCAGCCAGUUUAGAAACCUACUCGAAGGAGUUGGUUAGUUUGGGAAAUUAUUGAAAGAGGAAUGAAUGUAUAGUUUUAAAAAAUCAAAUCGUAUCAUUUUGAUUUGUGGAGUGAUUCUAAGGAAAUCCAUGCCAAAAGCCACAGAUAAUUAGUUAUUGGGUUUUGCCGCAAUAAUCUUAUGCAAAAUGACCA